GAACCAUGUCUCUGGAACCGCAAUCGCAGGACCUGGACCAGACCGACUGGGUCGUCUACGUCGUCACCGAGAGACUCAAGCGCGUGUCCUUGAACGAGGAACAGACCUGGAAAAAGCGGUGCGUCUACCGGGUCCCUGCCUUCGAUGCCGACCUCAACCACAAGGCCUACCAGCCGCAGGUUGUCUCCUUCGGACCCUACCACCACGGCGAGGACCACCUCCGCCCUAUGGAGGAGCACAAGCACCGCGCGCUCCUCCACUUCCUCGAGCGGUCCAAGAAGCCCCUCAGGGCCUUCCUAGAGUCCCUGAGGGAGGUGGCGCGGGACCUCGAGGAGUGCUACGACGCACUGGGCCCAAAGUGGAAGGAUGGCGGCGGCGAUGGUGCAGCGGGCCGGUUCCUGGAGCUGAUGUUCACCGACGGCUGCUUCAUGCUGGAGAUCCUGAGGACCGCAACACGGGCGGUGGAUGACUACGCGCCCGACGAUCCCAUCUUCAGCAACCACGGAAAGCUCUACAUAAUGCAGUACAUAAGGCGGGAUAUGCUGAUGCUGGAGAAUCAGCUUCCGAUGCUAGUGCUGGAUCGGCUGGUCGCUGUCGAGAGCGAUGGCGAGAAGGACAUUGAAUUCAUCAACCGGCUCAUCCUCAAUUUCUGCUCCCCCAGCACGAGCAUCACAAGGAUGGGCAACUGUCUGCACGUCCUGGACGUCUUCAGGAAGAGCAUGCUGAUGAAGCCCAAGAUGAAGGUCCAGCACGAGCUGGGCAACGCAGGGCACGAUGACGGUGAGGAGAUUAUCCAGUCGGUCACCGAGCUCAACGAGGCUGGGAUCCUGUUCAAGAAGAGCACGACCGACAGCCUCGAGGACAUCUCCUUUUCCAACGGGGUCCUGAGGCUCCCCGUGAUCGUGGUGGACAACACCACCGAGUCCAUGUUCCUCAACCUCCUGGCCUUCGAGCGCUUCCACAUCAGGGCCGGGAGGGAGGUCACGUCCUACCUCUUCUUCAUGGGCACCAUCAUUGAUGACGAGCGGGACGUCAUGCUGCUCCACGCCCGGGGCAUCAUCCAGAAUGCCAUCGGGAGCGACAAGGAAGUUGCCAAGCUGUUCAAGUCACUGGCCAAGGACGGGAUCCUCGAACCGGACAGCAGCCUUUACGCCGUGCACAAGAAGGUCAGCAACUACUGCAAGAUGCCCUUGCACAAGUGCAGGGCUAAUCUCAUCCACAUCUACUCCAGCAAUCUUUACGUUGCAUUGUCUGUCAUGGCCGCCAUCUUCCUUUUCGUACUCACCAUAAUUCAGACCGUAUAUUCCGUGCUUAGCUACUACCAGUGAACCCUCCCUUUGCCUCUCUGUACAGAAA